CGUGCCCAGCCGCCUGUUCUCCUCCCCUUCUAUCUCCUCCUGUCUCUCUCUGCCCCUCUGCCCCUCUGCUCUGCCGCUCUCUCCCAGGGAGAGGAGAGAGGAAGGCAGAGUUCGCUCGCUCGCUUGCACUCCUCAGAUUCCCCGCCCGCUCUGCGCUGCUCUGCUCUGCUCUGCUCGCCUGCCGUCCUUCCUUCCUCGCCUGAUUGAUUCGGUUGCUGCGCGCGCGGGCGCCGAGCUGAUUGGGGGGAGUCGGCGCGGGGCGAGGAGCUAGCGGUCGCCUUGGCGGUCCCGAACACCACGGCGGCGGCGGCGGCCAUGCGGAUCCCGCGGCGGAAGGCCGGGGUGCCGCUCGGCGUGCCCAGCCGGCGGGCGCAGAUCGCCGCGGUCUUCGCGCUCGCCGUGCUGCUCGGCGUCUCCGUCCUCUACGACAGCGCCCACAUCGCCGCCUCGCUGCGCCGCCACAGCGGCUACAAGACCAUCUCCGCCACACCGGCGCAGGCAGUGGGAUCGGCGGGGGCGGCCACGGAUCGGACCGACCCGCCCCCGCGGCUUGGGGCGGAGGAGGAGGGGGUGUCUAAGUCUGACUCCGGGACGGCAGCGGACGGGUCCUCGCCGGAGACGGGGGUCCUCAAGGAAGUGGUGGGGGAAGGGGGCGGGGCUACCUGCGACAUGUACAAGGGGAGGUGGGUGCACGACGAGGAGAACGCGCCCAUGUACAAGGAGUCCGACUGCGAGUUCCUCACGGAGCAGGUCACCUGCAUGCGCAACGGCCGCCGCAGCGACGAGUACCAGAAGUGGCGGUGGCAGCCUGAUGCCUGCGACCUCCCAAGGUUCGAUGCUAAGUUGCUUCUUGAGAAGCUAAGGAACAAAAGAAUGAUGUUUGUGGGGGAUUCACUGAACAGGAACCAGUGGGAGUCCAUGGUGUGCCUGGUCCAGUCUGUGGCUCCAUGGGAUAAGAAAAAGCUUGUCAAGAAUGGAUCUCUAAAUGUGUUCCGCCUUAAUGAGUACAAUGCAACGAUUGAGUUCUAUUGGGCUCCUUUCCUAGUUGAGUCGAACUCAGAUGAUCCAGACAUCCAUAGCAUCACCGACCGAAUGAUCACGCCAACAUCGAUCGCCAAGCAUGCAGCAAAUUGGAUAGGGGUGGACUAUUUGAUCUUCAACACUUACAUUUGGUGGAUGAACACCCCGAAGAUGAAAAUUGUGCCUGACGGAUCCUUCACAAGGAAACCAGUUAAGUACGAUGAAUUGGAUCGUGUGGUUGCGUACCGACAGAUCCUCGAGACAUGGUCUGGAUGGGUAGAAGAGAAUGUAGAUCCCAAAAGAACAAUGGUCUUAUUCAUGAGUGUGUCACCAGUACAUAUGCAGAGUGAAGGCUGGGGCAGCCCUGACAACAUAAAAUGCUUCUCUGAGACACAACCAGUGCUAAAUUACACAAAAACACUGGAUGUCGGCACUGACUGGGAUCUUUUCACGGAAUCUCAUGAAGUGACGAAGGCGAUGAAGAAGGUGCCCGUGCACUUCAUCAACAUAACUGCAUUGUCGGAAAUCCGCAAGGAUGCACACACAUCUGUGCACACGCUGCGGCAGGGUAAGCUCCUGACAAAGGAGCAGCAGGCCAACCCACGCAAGUUCGCCGACUGCAUCCACUGGUGCCUCCCUGGCUUGCCGGACACAUGGAACGAGUUCAUUUACGGCCACAUUGUGUCGAGCCCUCUACAGCGGCAGAUUGAGAAUCAAUCUGCAAGAUGACAAUGCAUAUAUAUCUGCUACAAAUCUGGUAGUUCCCGUUAGUACGUAAGAUGGUAAUUGCGGCCAUAUAAUAUAUAUAUUUUUUCUAGGUCUAGAAAUAUAUGCUGUUGGUUCACCUGGGGAGAUUGGCUCGAAGGUACGCUCGCAGGAUAGCAAACUGUAGCUAUAAACAACCAAGAUGGCCUGAGAGUUAUUAUACCGUCUGCUCGCUCUGAGUGUGACUAUUUAAGAGGAAUGCUUCGAUGCUUUUCAUCUGAAAAGAAUCUUAUUUCAGUUGAUACUUGUACAUAUUUCUUUUUUCAUCAAACCCUUUUCAUGAGAAUAUUUAACCUUUUGGGCUGGAACAA